AUGGAGUGCAGCCUUUGGAUGGAGUGCAACCGUUGCUCGGAGUGCAACCUUCGCACGGAGUACAAUCCUCGCUCAGAGUGCAACCUUCGCUCGGAGUGCAACCUUCGCUCGGAGUGCAACCUUCGCUCGGAGUGCAGUCUUCGCUUGGAGUGCACCCUUUUCUCGGAGUGCUGCCUUCGCAAGGCGUGCAGCCUUCACGAGGAGUGCAGCCUUUGCAAGGAGUGCAGCCUUCGCAAGGAGUGCAGCCUUCGCAAGGAGUGCAGCCUUCGCAAGGAGUGCAGCCUUCGCAAGGUGUGCAGCCUUUGCAAGGAGUCCAGCCUUUGCAAGGAGUGCAGCCUUCGCAAGGAGUGCUGUCCUCGCAAGCUGUCCUGUCUUCGCAAGCUAUGCUGUCCUCGCAAGCUGUGCUGUCCUCGCAAGCUGUGCUGUCCUCGCAACCUGUGCUGUCCUCGCAAGCUGUGCUGUCCUCGCAAGCUGUGCCGUCUUUGUAAGCUGUGCCGUCCUCGCAAGCUGUGCCGUCCUCGCAAGCUGUGCUGUCCUCGCAAGCUGUGCUGUCCUCGCAAGCUGUGCUGUCCUCGCAAGCUGUGCUGUCCUCGCAAGCUGUGUUGUCCUCGCUAG